CACAACGAUCCGCAACGAUCGUACUGAUCGUACUCUCAAUGAACAGAUUGAAAGGCGCAGAUUCGGUUCGAAGUUCGCUUUUAAUGAGCUAACACUACUUAAUCUUUAGUCAACGGCACUAACAGGUAAAACCCGUCUAAGGAUCGAAAAUGUCUGCACGAAAGUCUAUUCGUUCAAGUGCACUUCAACAUAGUCGGUACAGUAAUCAGAGUCAAAUAUCUGCUGUGCUCAAUCCUGACUCAUACAUUGACAGCAAUGAUGAAGAUCCACUGUGGUAUAAAAACUUUGAAAGACAUUCAGUAAACAUAAGUGCUGCUUCACGCUUCAGUUCAGCCCGUAAUCAAACUGCAGUUCUCGACCCAAACUCUGAACCGGAGUCAACCCCACUGCGUAGGUCAUGGUGGAAAGAUCUGGAUAAUACGGAGGAUAAUCGAAAUGGGCAAUCCAAUAUAUCUGGCAAAGGAACUGAGAUAUCAGAGAAAAGUAACCUAGAAGUAUCUGAUGUUUCAUCCAUAGAUGAAGGCAUUCCAAAACAAAGGUCUAAGCUUCGUAUUAAUAAACGGAAGAGCUUGCAGAAAAUUUUUUUUACAAAAAUACUAGAAUCUGCAGAAAAUUCCAUUCUUUUGAAAAGUGGGAGUCAUCUCAAUAAAAAGGAAGAUUCGCCAGAACUAAGUUUGUCUGGGUCGACAUCUAAAAGUGAAGGCAGUAUUAGAAAGAUUAGGAAGUUGCCAUUUAUGAAAAGGAAGAAUAAAUUGAAAUUAGGUGCUGAAAAUAUUCUACCACAAUCAGUUCGAAAUUCGCCUGAUGUUUUCAAAACCGCAUUAAAUGCAUCGCAAUCAAUUGAAGGUGACAAUCAUCCAGCUUCAAUAAUACAGAAACCUUCAGAGUCCCUGGAACAGCAACAUGGAGCAUUAGUUGACGAUUUGAAAAAUACCGAAACAGUUGCAGCUGAUCAUGAAAUAGAUGAACUGCACAAGUCAGAUAAUGCUUCAUCUUCCGAAGAUAGUCCAGUCAAAUCGCAAUCGCCGCCGUCAUCAUCUAGGCCUAAAAAGCGAACUAUAUUCACCCAGAAAAACCGAAGAAGAACACCAAAUUUUGCCGCGUUGUUGAGUGAUGAGAGCAGAGAUGAAGAUAUUACUGAUCAACUUCCGGUUACUGUGGAGCUGGCAUCAAAUCGUAAUAAAUCUGAUAAACUACUCGAAAAUAUCAUCCCAGAGUCUCAACCAGCCGUAUCAGAAGAUGAUACCUUGGAGGCAUCACCAUCCCCAAUAUUACAGCCCCUUCGUAAAAAACGAUCAAAGUUUCCAAAAACUAGUAAAAGAAGAACCCCGAAUUUCCAUGCAUUACUCAACAACAUAAGUGAGGAUGAAAACAUAGCUCAGCAGUUGGAUCAAGGAGAGGCGAAUGAACAAAGAAGUCCUCAGUACUCUUCAGUAAAAGAAGAUACUCGUGAACAAUCGCAACCAGCAGAUUUUGAGACUGGGACUACAAAACGAACAUCCAUAAGAAUAAACAAAAAAAGAACGCGAAAUUCGUCUGUUUUGUUAAGUGACCAGACCAGAGAUAGAAACAUUGCUGAUCAGCAUUUGAUAUCAAAGUUGAAUACCUCUAAUACAAAACAUGACCACGUCAUUUCGGAAUUGCAGUCGUCUACGUCAAAAGGUAGUACCUUCAAGGAAUCGCAAAUACCAAAAACACUUCCGCUUAAAAAACGAACAAUAUUUUCACAAGCAAACCAGAACAAAACACGGAAUUCGAGCGCAUCACUGAGUAAUAAAAGCACAGACGAAGAUAUUGCUGAUCAGACAUCAAAUAGGCAAGAGCUCGUUUCAACUCAAAAUCAAACAACCAAAGAACGUACUCUCCACACUUCUCCCACAAAAGGCCUACAAGGCGUGGAAAAAAAAGACGUGCACUCGGAGAAAAGUAUUCAGAAAAAGCAAGGUGAUCAUUUUGGCAAUCAGCAGAGAAGUCAACCAGAGGAAAUUCUUGUACAGUACUCGGAUACUUCAAAUCCUUCACUUCAUACUUUACCUGCCAAUUCAUCCAAAAAAUUUACACAACCAGUAAGCCUGUCCACAAAUAACUUAUCAAAGAUAUCAGUUCCUGGAACACCGAAUGUAUCAAACGAGAAUCUUACAUUACAACCAGUGAUUAAUCUAUCAGAAAAUUUAAAUAAAUCACAUAAUUCGAGUCGAGCUGAAAAUUCACCUAAUCGUCGAUCUCUACAAACAUUGAUAAAAUCUGUUAGUGAACAUGAGGAUAACAUCUUCAUCAGGGGUCGAAAUUUCCCGGACGUAUCCGGUAUGGGUGAUAAAAGUCAAAACGCUCUAAAAGCUUUCGAAAAUUCCAAGUCCCAUCAACAGGACGUGACCAGUGGCGGUAAGAUAACGAGCCAGGUCCCAUCUGAUUCGGUUAAUGCCACAGACAAUACAGCACAAGAAUCAUUGAUAGCUCAACGUAAAUCAAGUGAAAUGCAAACUGUUGAGAAUGAGUAUGUAUUACAUUCAGAAAAUGAAGUGAAUGAAGUACGAAGUAAUGUCUCCAGAUCGUUGAAAGAGAAUGGAAAGGAAAAUGCUGCCGUUCAAAAAUCAUUGCCCGUGAUAAUAGACGAUCGUUUCACUUGUCAUGAUCAGACUAGGAGUUUGUAUUCGAAUUCGAAAUCUGUGCCCCAAACAUCGAAGGCUGAAAAAAUUUCACAAAUAAGAGCUGCUCUCGAACAAGUGAAGAAAAAGCAAAUUGCUGUUAUGAAAAGUACGAAGAUCAGUUCAUAUUUUAGCCCCAUUUCACAGACAAGAGCGGAAAAAGAAACUGAACUUACGAAAGGUGUAACAGUUAUAAAAAAACCUACACAAGUCAGAAAGAAGCCACCAGCAGAGGUCGAUAAAGCAUAUUUGGUAAAUGGCAAGCUUUACAAAAUACCAAAACUUACAAGACCCAAGCCAUGGGUGACAGAUCGUUUAUACAAAUUUUUAUGGAAGAAAAUGGAACCAAAAUAUGGAUUAAGAACCAGAGUCCGUUCUGAAAAAUUUAUCUUAAACCUGAGUCAAGUGUAUGCGCUUGUAAUGCGACGAAAGAAAUACGAUAAUUAUAAACAGGAAUUGAUGGAUUUGAUGCGAGAAAUGGCUCGUCUGGAUUUAAUUGAAACGAGAGAUGAUUUCUACAUUUUUUGUCAGGAAUUUUUGCAUUCUGAAUUCUGUGUAAAAGCCGUACCAAUGUUACUUCCUGGAUGCGACAGAAACAUUCCAUACGAUCCCGCCAAAUUACACGAACCAAUUUUAAAAUAAUCCGACCUGCAAAAUUCUUUUUUUCUAUUAUUGUUCCUGAGUGUGAAAGUGAAGUAUUAUUUUUUGCAGUCAAUUACUUACCAAUAAAAAUUUAAUAAAUGAGCCAAAUAUUUAUUUCAUAGGAAUUAUUCUUCUAAAGACUUCGCAAUGCGAUUACUUCUCACUUUUUUAAUUUAUCAUAUGUUGAUACCCGAGUAAUAAACGUUGUAUGUACUCACGUUUCAAAAAGCGUGAUUAUUAUUACUAAAAAUCUAUUCAGUUAAGAUAAAUAAAAGUUAUGAUUUCUAA